UUGUCACAUAAACAUCUCGACAGCCGAUCAUGGCAGACCAUAAUAAAGGAGGAUUUAUAUCGAAAGCACAAAAAAAGUUAACGCGCACAAAAACGAAGGUUUUACAGAAUUUAGGUAAAGCAGAAAAGACUGCAGAUGAUGGAUUUGAAAAUCAUGUACAUAAACUUGAAAGACAACAGGAAGUUGCCCACAGAUUCCAGAAAGAACUCAGGAACUAUAUUAAUUGUGCCAAAGCUAUGGACGUAGCAUCAAAGUCAUUUUAUAAUGUGAUGAAAGAAACAUAUGAACAAGACUGGAAAGAGGCAGCUAAACUCGGGGAAACAAUACAGUCUUUAGAAUUAAUGUGGACAGACUAUAUAGAGCAUCUAACAGAAUCUGUACAGAAUCCAUUAUCUACAUACACAAAUCAUUUUCAACCAUUAAAGCUAAGAAUUGCCAAACGAAACAGAAAACUAGAUUAUUUUGACAAUGCUCGACAUAAUGCUGAAGUACUGCAGAGUGCGAAGAAAAAAGAUGAUGUCAAAAUUACAAAGGCAAAUGAAGAGCUAGAAGAAUCAAAAAGAAUAUAUGAAGUUUUAAACAAUGAACUACACAAUGAAUUACCAGAGUUUCAUAACAGUCGAGUCAACUUCUUUGCAACAACAUUUAAAAGUUACUUCAAUGCUGAGAGUACAUUCCAUGGUGAAACUGCCAAGCUUAGUGACACACUUAUGUCCAUUACUGAGACAUUAGCAGAGGAACAUAAACAGUAUACAUACCAACCACGACCUCUCAGUGGAAUCAUGGCUAACGAUAUGAGAUUUUCUUUCUUUAUGGAACCUGUAGUAAAUGGGCACAGUAGUGACAAUGAUUCAAAUCAUUCAAGCCAACAAAUCCUAAGUAAAAAGACAUCACCAAAACCAGAUAGACCACCAUCAUCACCAGCAGCUGCAACACAUGAUACUUCAAUGGUAACACAUGAAACCUCAGCGGCCACACCAGACCUCUCGGUGGCAACUCCUGACACUUCAUUUGCAACAGCUGCCAGCUCAGCGGCAACUCCCGUAAAGACAAAUGGUGAAGGACUGACAAAUGGAUUAUCAUCAGAACCAGAAAGUCCGCCAGAAAGUCCUCAGACCCCUGUGCCCCAAACCGAGGCUGUAAAGAAAGGUCCGCUUUAUGAAAAUAGUGAAUUGAAUUACACAACUCCUUCAAAAGUAGAAAAAGAAUCAACAAAUGAUGAAAAUGAAAGUAGACAUACAGAGCACAUGGAAGGUCCAGUUGAUACAUAUGAAGAACCAAUGGUAAAUUCAGAACAGCCAUUAGUGAAUGGUCCCACAGAUGAAGAACUGAAAGUGGAGAAAAGCAAAGAAACUGCUAAACAGACUGCUGUGGAAAAUAGCGAGGAGAUGCCAUUACAUGCUCCGUCAAAACCCCAGUCAGAACCUCCAGAACCCCCUCAGGAGCCUCCUCCAGAAGACGAUGACAUUCCAACCAAACCUGCACCAGCUGUAGAAAAUAAGAAUGAGGAUCACGAUUCAGAUCAUUAUUAUGAUAAAGUUCCUGAUCAGUUAGAUGUUUCUGAUGAUAAAGACAAUGAUGAUGAUAAUUUUUAUGAAAUUCCAAGCUCAUCUAAAAUCCCAGAUAUAUUGCCUGAUGAUUGUCUUUAUGUGGUAGUAGCAACACAUGUAUAUAAAAAUGAAGACGAAGAUGAACUGCCAUUUGAAGCAGGGGAGUUAAUCUAUGUUUUACCAUUUGAUGACCCAGAUGAUCAGGAUGAUGGUUGGUUACUUGGUAUGAGGAAAAGUGAUGGAAAGAAAGGGGUGUUUCCUGAAAACUUUACAAAGCGGGUCUGAAAGAACAGAUAUAUGUCAAAAGAUGCCAUACUACAUUUGUAAUAUUUAUUUCAUGAAUCAAUCAUUUGAGAUCAGAACACAGGGGAUUUAGUUUACAGGUUUCACUGUAAAGUGUUUUAUUGGUUAUUACAUACAGUCCAUACUUAAAUCUGAUGGUUAUUGUAGAUUCUACCACUCCACCUUGUUGAUAACAACAUGUAUCCACUCAAGGUUAAUGUAGAUUCUACCACUCCACCUUGUUGAUAACAACAUUUAUCCACUCAAGGUUAAUGUAAAACUUUCAAACUUCAAAAAAUGUUAAGGUUUACAUUAAAUUAAAAUAUUGAGAGAUGAAGAAUAUUUUGGGGAACUUGGGUAAAGUGGUAGAAUUGGUUUCUCUAAUUAUUUAUUGGAAAUCCUGUGUACAAAGAUCCAGAUGGAUAUCCAGGGAAAGUACGCCAAUUUGAUAAACUAGUUAGAACUGGUUUGGAUACAGAUUUAGAGAAAUCAUGUUAUGGCUGAUUUGUCAGACUGGUUAGAACUGGUUUGAAUACAGAUUUAGAGAAAUCAUGUUAUGGCUGAUUUGUCAUACUGGUUAGAACUGGUUUAAAUACAGAUUUAGAGAAAUCAUGUUAUGGCUGAUUUGUCAAACUAGUUAGAACUGGUUUGAAUACAGGUUUAGAGAAAUCAUGUUAUGGCUGAUUUGUCAGACUGGUUAGAACUGGUUUAAAUUGCAUACAGAAUUGGAGAAAUCAUGCAAUUAUUAAAUAACCCACCAAUAAGUUUUUGUUCUACUUAAUUAUGUUAUGGUGCUAUAACAUCAGUAAUUAUUCAGUACAUUUAUUCAGUGUUUAUUGUAGUUGUAUGGUUUGUUGCAACAAUUGUCAACUAUUUUUAUAAGUUUUUCACUGUAAAAAAAUUGUCAUCUUCAAAUCAUAAGCUGAUUUGAACUUUAACAUGCAUCAUUUACCUGAGGUCAUUUUACUUCCUGUUCAUGUGAACAAUUGUUCCAUCUAUACCUUAUUUUUACAUUUUACAUCAACAGUUUGAAUAUUUUUUAAUCAUAAUGCAACCAAAUGAAAGAAUGAUGAGGUAUUUAUUUCAUGGGGAAAAAAAGAAAUGUGCUAUGUAUAAUUAAGAAAAGUUAACCAACCCUAUUACAUUCUUUAAGCAAUAUUGUUUGUGUUCUUCCAAACAUACAUUGUGCAAAUAUCAAGUUUAAAUUUGAACUUAAAAAAGCAGAUCUCUGACAUACAAAAUAUGAGAUUAAAAUGCAAAUUGAGAUUUUUAUGAUAAAGUUUAUAAUUUUUUCUUUUAUAUCUUGGAAAAAAACAGGUAACCUUUUCCUUAUAAUGUUGUAUAUCAACUUAAUAUUGGAAGAAUUUUAUAUGAGAUUUGUAUGUUUGAGAGAAAAGCUAGGAAAUAACACCAUACAGUAAGGUCAAGAUGGGUCACAGCCUUUAAUUUUAAAGAAGUUGUAUUAUUUAUGUGUAAUGGAAUGUGCUACAAAGUUAUUGAGGGUACAUAUAUUUCAAUGAAUAACAGAAAAAACUAUCCUUUACUGGUGAAGUCUUUCUUGAAAUUAUGUCAUUUGUUGAAACAAAUUUUAGGUAUUGAUAUUAUAAGUACUAUUUUAAUAUAUUAUUGUACAUUACUAUGAAAUUAAUCUACAUAGGUAUUUAGGAUACAAAAUAUUUUAUCACUAUUUGUAAACUAUAUAUAUUAAUUAUAAGAACAAUAGAUUUUUGUUCAAGAUUAUUGUAUUGACAUGAGAUUUUAAGCUGUUUAUGGGAAAAGUAGAUGACAUUCUUAUAUUUUGUAAGUUUUGAAAUCUUCUGUUUUUUAUGAAAAGAAGGAUUUGUUAGAAAAAUGUGAAUACUGGUUUGUUUGAAUCAUUCCUCAUACUGUUUUUAUUUAGGAUCUGCAGCCUGCUACUUGUUUUGCAUACUUAUAACUGCAGUUUUAAUUUUAAGAAUAAUUUUUGGUUGAAAUGGGUAAUUUUCCUGUAACGAUAUAACUUCGAACAUAAGAAAAUUGUCUUUUUUUCACAGUGUAACUUCUUGUAAAACAUGGAGGAGAGUUUUCUAGAAUUUAUUUAUAAUGCAUUAGGAAUAUUUUUCUGGUAUAACCAGCUAAAUCAUUAUGGUUUCUCCAUACAUGGGCUUGUUCAGUUGUGUAUUCUGCAAUUCACCAACACUAGGUAAAACUACUUUAGUCCAGGGUUAAUGAAUGUACAGGGUUGUUGGUUAAAAUCAUUGAAAAAAUAAUGAAUACAAAUGUUGAGAUAUUUUUUAAAUGAUUUGACAGGGUAUUAUAUUUUUGAUAGACUUUUUUUUUGUUUAAGUUGUUGUAAGAUCUUACUGUACUUGUUGAUACUUUUGGUUGAUUUGUAAAGUUGGAUAAGGGUACCAUUUAUAACAGGGUGUUGUUUUUCUGUUUCUUCAUUUAGCUUAUUAGAUUAUGAAUAAAUUCUUUGUCCACAAAAAAUUUUUUUUUUUAUUGUAUAACUUAUAGUUUUAAUGCAUGAAAAUAUUUUAGUUAUUAUAAAAAAAAGAACUAAAUUCGGAUCCACCAUGACUUUUUCAGAGCCAAAUAUAAAGUUUGAAUUUGAUUUCUGGCUUUUCCCCCCUUUUGAUAGAAGUUUUCAUAAAAAGGUUAAAAUAUAAUGUCCCCUUACCCGUAUUAAGUUGGAUGAGGAUCUAAGAAUUUGUUUAUAAUGGCAUUUCUAAAAACCAAAUACCUCUUUUUUAUUGAUCACAUUAUUUGGAUAAAACUAACAUUAUUGAUUACUGCUAAAGCAAAAUAUUUUAUUUUACAUAACAGUGCUAAUUAAGAUAUUCACCAGCAAUAACAUAUUACAUAUUCAGCUAUAUUUGCUAUAAAGACAUAUGCUGUUUGUUAAUUCAUAGCAUUUAAAAUAUUAAAUACUUGUUAUCAUUUGGUAAUAUUUACCAUUGUUGUUUUAUAAAUGCCCAAUAGUGCAUUUAUAUAUAAUUAAUUUAUUGUAACUUUUAAUUAUGAAUAUAUUCUUCAAAAGCCUUUUAAAAUACUCUUUAGUGCUGUUCAAUGAAAACACAAAUAUGAUGCAGGGAAGGCAAUUUAAAAUCUCAACUAGGUGAGGAUGUCAAAUAUUAUUUGGCACAGUGUAAUUCUUAAAUUGCCUCUAUAGGUGGUUAAACCCAUUUUCAAAGUGCUAACCCUGGAUACUAUAUGUUUUAAUGCAACAGCCUAAAGUAAAAGCUGCAUUUAAAUAAAAAAAACAAAUUCAGAAACUCACCAUAUAUCUCAUACUACAACAAUUAAACAGAAUAGCAGCUGUCAGAUGAACUUAAAAAAAUUAAGCUCUUGAAAUUUUAAUAAUAACUUCAAUAUAAUUCUACUACUGCUUUAAAUGAAAUAACAUAUUUUUUUUAACUCAAGAUAUUGAAAUUAGAAAAAAAGACUUGAUGUAUCGAUAUAUGGAAAAGACAAAGUUAGAUCGUUUCUUCUGAUGCUUUAACAAACAUUUUGUGCUUUUUAUGUGUUGUAUCAGGCAUUAUCACUCUUUUAUGAUUUCAAAUUAAAAAAAACUAUUGAAUGUCAAAAUUUUUAUGUCAUAUCUUAAUUUUGACCAAAUUAGAGCUGAGAACAAGCAUGCACAUACUGGUAAUCUUUAAAGUAUCAAACUUUUAGGAUAAGUACUAAUUGGCAAAACAUUAUAUGUCUAAUCAAAGUGAUGAUUUAUAUAUGUGGUUAUACCUAUAACAUUGUUGAGAUUAUAAAUGAGAGGAAAAAAUAAUUAUUUACUCGAAUUGGAUUAUAUUUUUGAGACAAAAGUUUAUUGUUUAUAUAUAUAUAUAUUUCACAUUCCAGAUAUAUUUUCAUAUUUUCACAGUAAUAUUCCAUAUUUUAAUAUUUUAUGUGUAUUGUACAUAGUGUCUUACUGAAAAUACUCAUGUGUUUGUAUAUACUAUGGAUAUGCUGCAUGUUUGUUUAAAAAAAAGGCAGGUCGAUUUGAUAUCAAUCAAUUUUUACAGUUUUUUUAUUUAUGGAACAUUUCAUCAUUUUGAUCAAAAUUUGAUUUUUAAAUCAUGAUUAACUAUUAAUGUAAAGCAAUACAUUAAUUUGAUGUAAAGACUUAAGUAUUUAACUAUUUUUUUAAAGAAAUAUGCAAGUUUAUUAUCAGAUGAGAAAACUGUACUUAUAUUCUGUGCUGGUAGAAAUCUGAUCAGACGAUUGCUGCAAUAGAACAAGGUGCUCAUAAAGUAUUGCAUUGUGCUUCCAACCAUAAUUCUCUGAUUUUCAUCAAUAGCCAUUUUUAAACCAGGAAUAUUCAUUUAUUUUUUCAGUAAAAUAUAGUUGAAAUUCAUUGAAUAUUUCAUAUUGCUUUGUUUGUUAUUGCUAAAUAUGGAAUGACCUUAUUUAUAUAACAGAUUUUACUGCAGGUUAUUUGUCAUCAUGUUUUAUUAUUUUAUACUGAUUGAAUAAAAAACUAUGCUAAAAAGUGUAGGCAAAGUUCAGUUUUAUUGGAUAUUAGAUUGUACGAUAAUGAUAAUUCAGUAAGUUGAUGGUCUGAGGAAUAGUUAAACUGCCUUACAGUAAUUUAAUUAAAGAUUUAUUUAUCUUAUUCUUAAUAUUUAAUUAUUUUUUAACAAUCUGAACUGGUCAGACUACUUAAAAAGAAAUUGGUUAAAACAACAAUUUUAUGCUGUAACUUAAAUAAAUGCAAUAAAGUCAGAACUAAUUGAGCACAUUUACAUUAUCAACAUUUCACCUUAUUUGAUGUAUGAAAACAUUUAUUUACAUUCUUAUACAUCCUCGGCUUUCAAAUAUUCAGCUGUGAGUGUUCCUGAUGAAGGUAAAUCCAGAAAAGUACUUCGGACACAAGAAAUUAACGUAUUGUUUUUAUUUUUCAUGUAAAGAUCAUAUACCUUUGAACCUGCAAUGUAUCCUAUAUUUAUGCAAUUAUUAAAGUUGUUGAUUAAUGUAUAUAAUGUAAUAUGUGUACAUAUUUAUUGUAUACAUUGUGAUAUAAAGUUAACAUAAUUAUA